UUAAGAAACCACUGAAAUUGUUUGCUUUCUAAUAAUUGUACAAUUCCGUAACUGAUCAUUUUGUAAAUGAAUGUCUCCGUCAGUCAUGUUUUAAAUGCUUGUUGAAAACCCACUAAAUCAUUUACAAAGUAAUGUUGUUGUAUGAGGUGAGACUAGAACAGCAUUUGAUAUUGGGUAAAUCAUAGGCACAAUCAUUUAGAUUCACGUGGUAUAGCCGUAACCCCAGCAGUAUGUCUUGUCUCAGGCAGCAAGUAGAUGGCGUCUGACUACAACACAACCAAUACAGUGAUAGCUGAGUCACACAACUAGGUCCUACUGUAGCAACAGUAGCCUACAGAAACUGGUGUAGAGCCCUUUAGCGUCUGGCAAUUAUCGGGAAUCGUCUUGAAGAUGCUGUCGAUAACGUUGAAGACUCUUCAGCAGCAAACGUUUAAAAUAGAAAUAGAUCCAGAACUAACGGUAAAAGCCCUGAAGGAGAAGAUUGAGACUGAAAAAGGGAAGGAUGGCUAUCCAGCCACAGGGCAAAAGUUAAUCUACGCAGGCAAAAUCUUGAAUGAUGACAUACCUCUAAAAGACUACAGAAUUGAUGAGAACAACUUUCUGGUGGUCAUGGUUACAAAGCCCAAACCUCCAGCUACUCUACAGAUUUCUCCUCUGGCAGCCCCAGCCUCUACCCCUGCUCCUGCACCUCCUGCUGUUUCUGGGCUGUCCCUCUCUGACAUUGCCCGACCUACCUCAUCCCCUGCCCCCAUGGAGAUCUCCACCCUGUCCCCUACAUCCACACCUGCCCCUGCCUCAAGCCUCACACAAGCAGUGGAGUUCUUCACACCCCCUGCACCAGCCCCUGCUUCUAUUCCCCCUGCAGCCCUGGGGACGAGUGCAGCCCCAGCUGCAGCCGCAUCCUCCCUCUCAGAGGUCAAGCCUGAGGGGGAGCACCCUGAACAGCCCUUUGCUACACCACCAGCCCUCUCCUCCUCCAGCCUUGUUGAUGACUUAAGUCUCCUGGAAGAAGCAGCGUCAAUACUGGUGACAGGACAGGCAUAUGAGAAUCUAGUGUCUGAAAUCAUGUCUAUGGGAUAUGAAAGGGAGCAGGUUAUUGCAGCGCUGCGAGCCAGUUACAACAACCCAGACAGAGCCGUGGAGUACCUGCUAAUGGGGAUUCCAGCCGAGGCUGACCUUCUGCCACCGGAGGCGUUCCUACACACAGCUCUGGCCAACCUCAACCCCACUGCCCCAGCCCCUGCUCCAGCCACAGAUAGAGCCCAGCCCCCACCAGCAGCCACGACAGGUGCAGUGUCUUCAACCCAGCAUCCCCCCUCGUCUGGUGGGCUGACUGGUGGGCUUACUGGUGGUACUGGUAGAAGUACUGGGGGUGAGAACCCCCUGGAGUUUUUGAGGAACCAGCCACAGUUCCAGCAGAUGAGACAGGUCAUCCAGCAGAACCCAGCUCUCCUUCCUGCCCUGCUCCAGCAGCUAGGCAGAGACAACCCCCAGCUGCUGCAGCAAAUUACCCAGCACCAGGAGCGGUUUGUGCAGAUGCUGAACGAGCCCCAAGGAGGAGAUAUGGUAGAGGAGGGAGUUCAGUCCCAGGGGGCGCCACAGACUAACUACAUCCAGGUCACCCCACAAGAGAAGGAGGCCAUCGAGAGGUUAAAAGCCUUGGGAUUUCCAGAGGGACUUGUCAUUCAAGCAUAUUUCGCAUGUGAGAAGAACGAGAAUUUAGCUGCUAAUUUCCUGCUCCAACAAACAUUUGAUGACGAGUGAAUGUGCAUGCGUCAGCAUGAAGGGGAAGAAUGGAGGGCUAGAGAACGAGUGAUAGUGCUACAAAAUGUGAUUUGGAAGGAAGGAGUGGAAAAGGUUACCAAAAGUGACUUGUCAUUGGACAAAGACGUGAUGUUUAGUUACUGUAAGCUAUGCCUUCUCCAUUCUCUCUGAGUAUGUUAGCUCUCAGUGGUCUCUCUUGCUCACCGCUGCUAUUACUGCUGCUAUCACUGCUGCUAUCACUGCUGCUAUCACUGCUGCUAUUACUGCUGCUAUCACUGCAAUUAUUGCUGCAAUUACUGAUGCUAUCACUGCAACCAUUGCUGCUAUUACUGCUGCUAUUACUGCUGCUAUUACUACUGCUAUCACUGCUGCUAUUACUACUGCUAUCACUGCUGCUAUCACUGCUGCUAUUACUGCUGCUAUUACAGCUGCUAUUACUGCUGCUAUUACUGCUGCUGUCACUACUGCUAUCACUGCUGCUAUCACUGCUGUUAUCAUUGCUGCUUGUGCCGUGUCCAUCCAUAGAGUUACAGUGGAUGUUUGCCUCACCAUAUAUUGCUUUUCAACCUCUCUUAAAGGAAACCCCAAACAUACUUUGGUUUGUGUUUGCUAUGUGGGCCUCAUCUCUUGGGAGAAUAUACUUGAGUUUCCCGUGAUAAAGUGACAAAACCAGCAAAAUGGCCAUGGAACUUGUUUAUUGUUUGUUUUUUCAUAUAAAGGUAACUCAGAUAUUUUGUAAAUUAAAUGUCAUAUCAAUGUUGGAAAGUUACUUUUGCACUUUAUUUCACUUUUACAGAAUUAAUGUUUCUAUUGUUUAUGUAUAAUCAUUUGUGUAAAAGAUAAGGAAGUUAUGUUAUUGAUAAGUGUCAUCAUAUUGAAAUGUGAUAACACUGUAAGAUGAGACAUAAUGAGAAAUCCUGGAUUUGGGUCCAGAUGUGUCCCAGUGUAGUUUCACUGUAAGAUGAGACAUGAUGAGUAAUCCUGGAUAUCAGAUCAAAUAAAUUCUAAGUUUAUUUGUCACGUGUGCCGAAUACAACCUUACAGUGGAAUGCUUACUUACAGGCCCUAACCAACAGUGUAGAAAAUAGGUAUUAGGUUAACAAUAGAUAAGUAAGGAAAUAAAAAACAACAAUGAAAGACAGUGAAUAAUAACAGUAGGGAGGCUAUAACAGUAGUGAGGCUAUAUACAGGCACCGGUUAGUCAGAUGAAUUGAGGUAGUAUGUACAUGUAGGUAUGGUUAUAGUGACUAUGCAAGUAUGAUGAACAGAGAGUAGCAGUAGCGAAAAAGAGGGGUUGGCGGGUGGCGGGACACAAUGCAGAUAGUCCCGGUAGCCAAUGUGGGGGGGCCCCAGUUAGUCGGGCUAAUUGAGGUAGUAUUUACAUGAAUGUAUAGUUAAAGUGACUAUGCAUAUAUGGUAAACAGAGAGUAGCAGCAGUGGUUCCAGAUGUGUCCCAGUGUAGUUUCACUGUAGGAUGAGACAUGAUGAGUAAUCCCGGAUUUGGUUCCAGAUGUGUCCCAGUGUAGUUUCACUGUAAGGUACCAUAUGACUGCACUAAAUGAAGAUUGAGCAACAUAGUUCUUUUUUACAAAUACUUGCUCAACACUUGAAAGCUAGUUCUAAUGAUAAGCUGUAGACCACACUAUUUACCAAGAGAGUUUUCAUCUAUAUUUUGAUUAGAUUUUUAGUUUGAGCUGAAUGUCAUCUGAGCCAUGUCCCUUUGUUAUUAUUUCAUAAGCAUGUUAUGCACACCUGAUUCUGUUCUCCCUGAACACUUUCUUGUGUGUUUUGAUUGCCCCUGAUCCUUAAUGUAUCAUGUCAAAAUAAAUCAUGCUGUACGUUUUUUUUAUCCACUCUA